UUGAUUUGAUUGAUUAAUUGAUUAAUAAAAUGACAAAAUCAACAAAAUUACAUUAUCGUCAUACGUUAUUAGCAUUUGAUUUAACCAAUAAACAAAAAUAUGAUUUAUUACAUCGAGAAUGUACGAAUUGUGCGUUUUAUCAGGAUAUGUUACAUGAACUAUCUGCAAUUACUGUUAAUAAUAACACAACAGAUUGUUGCUGUAAUCAUAAACAUUGUUUUUUGGGACAUGAUGGUGGUUAUGGCAAGAAAAAACAACGGCCACAUAGUGUUGCGGAUUUUUAUCCAUCAAAAAAUGAAUAUGAUUUAGAACAAAAAAUUGAAUUGGAAAUAAAGAUGCGUGAAGGAACAACACGAUUAUUAGCUGCAUGUCGUCACCAGCAACAAUCUUUAGAAGCAGCACGUUCAUUACUUGUUAGUACUGAACGAAUGUCUGCAUAUAUGGAGGAAUUACAACGACGUAAACAUCAGUCGAAAAUUAUUAAAAAUAAUAUUGACAACAGCUUGACACCAUGCACAGCCAAAGUAUCAUUAAGUGAUUUACGUAUGCCAUUAAUAUGGCGUGAUAUUGAUCAUUUUAAAAAUAAAGGGGAUCAUCGUCGAUUCGCUGUUUUCUGUUUAGCACGUAUUGCUACGGAAAUAUAUGCAACCACCUUAUUAUGUCCCGUUGAUCGAUCAUCAACUGAUCUACAGUUUCAUGAUAUUUUAUUAUUUAAUCGAAUACCAUCGAAUUUUGAAUUAAAAUUAGAAGUCUAUAGUCAUAUAUUAGAAGACGAUUUAAGCAUAGCAAGUACAUCUCGGAAAAUUAAAAAUACUAUUCAUAGUUCAAUAAGUAAAGCUGUUGGCAAAAAAUUAGCAACAUUAUUAAAGGAUGAAUUAAAUUCUGGCAAAAUUGGUCCACAUUUUGAAUUAAUGGCAACAGCACGAUUAACAUUAAACGAUGCACAUAAUAGCAUACAAACGCAUGAUCUAGUCACAAUACAGCACGAUAAUCGUGCACAUCAAUUACCAUUAUUUGGACAUUUCUGUUGUCGUUUAGCCGUGCAACCUGAUUGUGUUUCACAAGAAGUGUAUUCUGGUCAAAUAUCAUUAUUAUAUAAACAAAAUAAGUUCAAACAAUAUUGGGCACAAUUACAAGCAUUCCGUUUAGAAUUAUGGGAAACACAAUCACAUUGGGAGCAAGGUAAAGAUCAUUUAAAAUCAAUAAUAAUUGAUCGUAAUACAACAAUAAAGAAAACAAAUAAUAAAAAUAAUGAAAUAAUUAUCCAAAAUGGUGAUGAUAGCGGUAAUGAAAUUAAUGAAGAAUAUAAAAUUUAUUUAAAAUCACAAGAUGAACAAAUGAAAUGGUUCAAACAUUUACAACAGCAUAUCGAUGAUCAUAUUAUUUGGAAACAUUGUGCUGAGAAUAUCAUGCAUAUUCAGACACCGGGCAGUAAUACACGUGCUGCUUUUAAUACACGUUCAAUACGACAUGGAUCAUUGUACGAUGAAACACCUCUAAUUGAAUCAGUAUCAACAGAAUAUCAAAAUCAUCGACCCACAGUCCAAGAAAUAUUUGGUUUAACGCCAUCAGCUAGUUUAAGUUCAUGUGCGUCAUCUUCAUCAUCUCCAACCACGUUCCGUGAACGUUCAUUUAGUUCUAGUGGUGGAAGCGCAACUCUAUCGUCAACAAAUACGAACUCAUCAUCAGGCACAGAAACGACCCGGGGUAAAUUGUUACGAAGUGGUAAUGGCCGUGCCAGUGGACAAUUAUUACGUUCACAUUGGCCAUUUAAUAAACAAGAAUAAACUCGAAAUUUUAUUUAUUUAAGAGGAAAGAGGAUUUAUGGAAAGCUUAUUUUUUUAUGUUUGAUUGAAUAAAGGAAACAGUAUUUUUUCUUUUUGGAUGUAAAUGUAAAUAAAUGUUGGAAAAAUUCAAUCAUUCAUAGAAGUUUCUAAGGUGAUUUAUAUUAAUGAAGUCAUCACGAAAGAUUUUUUUUAUUCUAAAAAUAUUCGUUGCAUGGCGUUAAUUUGGGUAUAAAAUCAUCUUCAGUUAGAUAAAACUAAAAAAAAAAGGAUAUCGGAGUAAUUCGUGGAAAUAAAAUCAUGAAUUUCGUAACUAAAUAUUUUCGUUAAACAUUUAUUUGACUGAUUAAGCAACGAUUUUGACCAAAUUUUUAUCUUAUUGUAUACAAUUUUUUCCCAUUCAUUGGAAAAUAAUAAUGACGCAUAAUUUGUGCCGCAGAUAUUAAAUACGAAUCUCAUUUUAUGUGAUUUCCCCGAGAGUGGCUCUCUUAGAUUACGAAAAAGUCGCAGUCUAGAAGCGAAGCUUUGUGUACAGUUUGUAGAAUGAAGAAGUGAGUGGCACUGAAAAUUAAGAAUGGGCACGAAGAACUGCAACUUUCUUCGUUCCCCUAAAGAAAAUUUGUUGGUACGGUACGUACGUAGAAUUAUAUUAAGCUUUAAUUUUCUUUUUUUUUUUUUUGUAAAGAAUAUUUUCGCUCUUGAAAGAAUUACGUGCAAGUGAUAAUUAAUUUUUGUUUGUUUAAUAAUUUUUACAAAAAUUUAUAUUUUAUGUUGAACAAUUUAAUUUUAUUUAAAUUAAAUAAUUAAGGAGCAAAUUAAUUUUUAAGAUUUUUUUUAAAGAAAAUACGAAAAAAAGAUGGUAACGCAUUUGAGAUUCGCUUCUGCCUGUUAGGGGCCCUGUAAACUAUUUGAUCAUUGUCUUAAAAAGUGAAAAUAGAUUUUACAUUUUUCAGAUCCUUUCAGAACCCUUCAAAAAAUACAGAAAAUUGCCAUGCCCAGAAAAGCAGGUCGUUAUUUUAACCCUUAUUUAUACCUUUUUUCCCCGAUAUCACAUUCUACCAUUCAGUAAACAAAGUUUAAAUGUUUUCCAAUCCUUUUCGAGACAGAAGCGAGUAAAUGAAGAAAUUCAGACAUCUUAAUAUGUCAUGUUACGGUUUCUAUACAGAGUGUUAUUUAAAGAUGAAAAUAAAUUCUUGGAACGAUUAUUGAUCACAUCUUUAUGUUACACUCUGUGUUAUAAAUUGAAGAGAUGAUCCAUAUUUUUUUUUUGUUAGGAUUUUUCCAAA